GCGGCCUUCGCGCCGGCGCCGGCGCCCUGCGGAAGCAGCGUUAGUGAAUAGGGGCCUUGGGGAGCCCAGGAUGGAGGUGGCGGUCGCAGCGGCCGCGGCGGGCCGAGCCCUGCGGCGGGCGGGAGGAGGUGAGCGCCAGGCCCGCUGAGCCUCCCAGAGCUGCCAGCCAUGCCCGGGAUUGUGGUGUUCCGGAGGCGCUGGUCUGUGGGCAGCGAUGACCUCGUCCUGCCAGCCAUCUUCCUCUUCCUCCUGCACACCACCUGGUUUGUGAUCCUGUCCGUGGUGCUCUUCGGCCUGGUCUAUAACCCACACGAGGCCUGCUCCCUAAACCUGGUAGACCACGGCCGCGGCUACCUGGGCAUCCUUCUGAGCUGCAUGAUUGCCGAGAUGGCCAUCAUCUGGCUGAGCAUGCGUGGCGGCAUCCUCUACACGGAACCCCGGGACUCCAUGCAGUACGUGCUCUACGUGCGCCUGGCCAUUUUGGUGAUCGAGUUCAUCUACGCUAUCGUGGGCAUCGUCUGGCUCACACAGUAUUACACCUCCUGCAAUGACCUCACUGCUAAGAAUGUCACCCUCGGAAUGGUCGUGUGCAACUGGGUGGUCAUCCUCAGCGUCUGCAUCACUGUCCUCUGUGUCUUUGACCCCACGGGCCGCACUUUCGUCAAGCUGAGAGCCACCAAGAGAAGGCAGCGAAAUCUGCGGACUUACAACCUUCGGCACCGGUUAGAGGAGGGUCAGGCCACCAGCUGGUCCCGCCGUCUUAAAGUGUUCCUUUGUUGCACCCGGACAAAGGAUUCCCAGUCAGAUGCCUACUCAGAAAUUGCCUACCUCUUUGCUGAAUUUUUCCGUGACCUCGACAUCGUGCCCUCCGACAUCAUUGCUGGUCUGGUGCUGCUUAGACAGCGGCAGCGAGCCAAACGCAAUGCGGUGCUGGAUGAGGCAAACAAUGACAUCUUGGCUUUUCUCUCUGGGAUGCCAGUGACCAGAAACACCAAGUACCUCGACCUCAAGAACUCGCACGAGAUGCUACGCUACAAAGAAGUCUGCUACUACAUGCUCUUCGCCCUGGCUGCCUAUGGCUGGCCCAUGUACCUGAUGCGCAAGCCGACCUGCGGCCUCUGCCAGCUGGCUCGGUCCUGCUCGUGCUGUCUUUGCCCUGCACGACCCCGAUUCGCCCCUGGAGUCACCAUUGAGGAAGACAACUGCUGUGGUUGCAAUGCAAUUGCCAUCCGCCGUCACUUCCUGGAUGAGAACAUGACAGCAGUGGACAUUGUCUACACCUCCUGUCACGAUGCGGUCUAUGAAACUCCCUUCUACGUAGCUGUGGACCAUGACAAGAAGAAAGUGGUGAUCAGUAUCCGGGGAACCCUGUCCCCCAAGGAUGCCCUGACCGACCUGACUGGAGAUGCUGAGCGACUCCCUGUGGAGGGACAUCGAGGCACCUGGUUGGGUCACAAGGGUAUGGUGCUCUCAGCUGAGUACAUCAAGAAGAAGCUGGAGCAGGAGAUGGUCCUGUCCCAGGCCUUUGGGCGAGACCUGGGCCGUGGAACCAAACACUAUGGCCUAAUUGUGGUAGGCCACUCCUUGGGCGCUGGCACAGCUGCCAUCCUCUCCUUCCUCCUGCGCCCUCAGUACCCGACCCUCAAGUGCUUCGCCUACUCCCCGCCAGGAGGCCUGCUGAGCGAGGAUGCUAUGGAGUACUCCAAAGAGUUUGUUACUGCUGUGGUUCUGGGCAAAGACCUUGUUCCCAGGAUUGGCCUUUCCCAGCUGGAGGGUUUCCGCCGACAGCUUCUGGACGUCCUUCAGCGAAGCACCAAGCCCAAAUGGCGGAUCAUUGUGGGGGCCACGAAAUGUAUCCCCAAGUCGGAGCUGCCUGAGGAUCAGGUGGAGGUGACCACUCUGGCCAGCACACGGCUCUGGACCCACCCCAGUGAUUUGACCAUCGCCCUUUCAGCUAGCACCCCACUCUACCCACCUGGCCGCAUCAUCCACGUGGUCCAUAACCACCCUGCAGAACAGUGCUGCUGCUGUGAGCAGGAGGAGCCCACAUACUUCGCCAUCUGGGGUGACAACAAAGCCUUUAACGAGGUGAUCAUCUCACCAGCCAUGCUGCAUGAGCACCUGCCCUACGUGGUCAUGGAGGGGCUCAACAAGGUGCUGGAGAAUUACAACAAGGGAAAGACAGCACUGCUUUCUGCUGCUAAGGUCAUGGUGAGCCCCACUGAGGUAGACCUCACUCCUGAGCUAAUCUUCCAACAGCAGCCGCUGCCCACGGGGCCACCUCUGCCCACCGGCCUGGCCCUGGAGCUGCCUGCUGCAGACCAUCGCAACAGCAGUGUCAAAAGCAAGUCUCAGUCUGAGAUGAGCCUGGAGGGCUUCUCUGAGGGGCGGCUGCUGUCCCCAGGGGCUGCCGCAUCAGCAGCCCGCCAAGACCCUGUAGAGCUGUUACUGCUGACCACCCAGGAGCGGCUGGCGGCAGAGCUGCAGUCCCGGCGGGCACCGCUGGCCACCAUGGAGAGCCUCUCAGACACUGAAUCGCUGUACAGCUUCGACUCACGCCGAUCCUCGGGCUUCCGCAGCAUCCGCGGCUCACCCAGCCUCCACGCAGUACUGGAGCGUGAUGAGGGCCACCUCUUUUACAUCGAUCCGGCCAUCCCAGAGGAGAACCCAUCCCUCAGCUCACGCACAGAGCUUCUGGCAGCCGACAGCCUGUCCAAGCACUCGCAGGAUACCCAACCCCUGGAGGCAGCUCUGGGCAGCGGGGGUGUCACUCCUGAGCGACCCCCAAGUGCAACCAAUGAAGAAGAGGAGGCAGCAGGCGGCGAGGGUGGUGGGGUGGCCCCCCGAGGAGAGCUGGCACUGCACAAUGGGCGCCUGGGGGACUCACCUAGCCCUCAGGUGCUAGAAUUUGCUGAGUUCAUCGACAGCCUCUUCAACCUGGACAGCAAGAGCAGCUCCUUCCAGGACCUCUACUGCAUGGUGGUGCCCGAGAGCCCCACUAGUGACUAUGCUGAGGGCCCCAAAUCCCCCAGCCAACAGGAAAUCUUGCUUCGGGCCCAAUUUGAGCCCAAUCUGGUCCCCAAGCCCCCAAGGCUCUUUGCAGGAUCUGCUGACCCCUCCUCUGGCAUCUCACUCUCUCCCUCUUUCCCACUCAGCUCCUCCGGGGAGCUCAUGGACCUGACACCCACGGGCCUCAGCAGCCAGGAGUGUCUGGCCACAGACAAGAUCCGGACUUCCACACCCACAGGCCACGGGGCCAGCCCUACCAAGCAAGAUGAUUUGGUCAUCUCAGCACGCUAGCACCUGGCAGUGGCUGCUAGCUCCUCCCCAACCAGAACUCAAGGCUCUGUGGGUACCUAAUGGCCACUUGGGGCCCAGUAGCUUUGAGGAGAGGCUCCCAGAGGCCAAGUGGCCUCAGGCCCUGGAGCGUUGCUGCUGAGCAGGGGGUCCACAUCCCUACCUCAGCCUAGGACCCUCAGAACCCAAGAUGUCUGGGAAAAAACCGGGGUGGGUUUGGUACAGGGAGGAGACUUGAGGUUGGAUGGCCAAUCCUCAGCCCUCAGCCUGACUCCCCUGUGUGGGCAGCCUGGUAUCUCUGUUCUGGGAAUGGGACUAGGCAAGCUAGCUUCCUGUCACUGCCCUUCAGCUCCUCUCCCAGAGCCGAGGCAGAAAGCAGCCCCCUCUCCACACACUCUCAUUUGUCGUUCACGUUGGCACCUGCCCUGGUCACUAGUCCCCCAGAUCUGGUGCCUGCUGGCCAGCCCCCUGGGGUGAUCCCCGCCAAGGUGGCCCACAGUGCUGUAUAUGUUUACAGAAUCUGCUGGGCUUUGCUCAGGUUGUUUCCUGGGCUUGCAAGCCCCACCCCUAAUCAUGUGUUCAUUGUCCCCUGAGGACCAGAGGGCACUGGAGGGUGAGUGGGGUCAGGGCCCACCCCUUCUCUGCCUGGUGGCCCUUAUCUUCAUGGGUCCUGGACACUGGGUCUGCCUGC